GGACCGAGGACCCUAGAGCGCCAGGCCUUUGGAGAGAUAUUUUUCCAACCCUCUCAUCAUAGGAAUUGGUCAACAAUGUCGGCCAUUCAGAUCAACCUCCCUUUGCCUCUCCUUCCUGCGGGUUGGAGCAGUGACAAAGAUUUCAAGGCUGUUGGAUCUUUGUCCCCGGCCACUCAGCGCAGCCUCGAGCCCGUGGGCCCUCACUUCCUCGCUCACGCUCGCAGAAAGCGUCAUCAGCGUACUUUCUCCGAGGAUGAGAGAAUACAAGCGCAGGAAAAUGUUAAGAAGGUGGAAGAGGAUGACGCCGACGACCUCAGCGAGCCUGAGGACCCGGUGAUGCUCCAGCGUGACCCCAAAGACUGGAAGAACCAGGACCAUUACGCUGUUCUCGGCCUGUCCAAGUACCGAUACAGGGCUACUGAGGAGCAGAUCAAGCGUGCCCACCGCAAGAAGGUCCUCAAGCACCACCCCGACAAGAAGGCCGCCGCUGGUACCGCCGAUGAUGAUUCAUUCUUCAAGUGUAUCCAGAAGGCCACGGAAGUGCUUACCGACCCUGUUAAGCGUCGUCAGUAUGACUCGGUUGAUGAGCACGCUGAUGUGGAGCCGCCCAGCAAGAAGGAGACCCAGAAAGGCAACUUCUUCAAGCUCUGGGCUCCCGUCUUCGACUCGGAGGCUCGAUUCUCCAAGAAUCACCCCGUUCCAUCUCUCGGUAACGAGAACAGCACCAGAGAAGAGGUGGAGACUUUCUAUAACUUCUGGUACAACUUCGACAGCUGGAGAACCUUCGAGUACCAAGACGAAGACGUGCCGGAUGACAACGAGAACCGUGACCAGAAGCGUCACGUGGAGCGUAAGAACAACGCUGCCCGCAAGAAGAAGAAGACCGAGGACACUACUCGUCUCCGUCACCUUGUUGACGAGGCUCUCGCCCUUGACGAGCGUAUCAAGAAGUUCCGCAAGGAGGAGCGUGCUCACAAGGACAAGCGCCGGUUAGAGAAGGAGGCUGAGCAGAAGCGUCUCGCCGAGGAAGCUGCUCGGGCUAAGGAAGAGGAAACCCGUCUCAAGGCCGAGAAGGAGGCUGCCGAGAAGCUCCAGAAGGCUGAAGACAAGAAGACUCGUGAGGCCGCCAAGAACGCUGCUAAGAAGAACAAGCGUGUCUUGAAGUCUGCUGUCAAGGAUAACAACUACCUUCACGAGGGAGGUGAUGCCCCCGCUGCUCAGGUUGACCGUGUCCUGACCGAUGUUGACCUCAUCAUUGCCAAGCUUGAGGCCACUGAGCUGGCUGACUUGGCCGGCAAGCUCUCCUCCAAGAAGGGCGCCACUGAGGUCAAGGCUGUGUACGCCGAGGAGGUGAAGCGCCUGGUGGAAGGUGGCAAGCUCAAGGAGGGUGAGGCGGCCUCUCUGGCAGCUUAAUUUCUCUCCCCAAACAUACAAAUAAUGGGACGGAGAAUGUUUGUCAUGAUUAUAUUUUUCAAAUUACAGUUGUAGACUAGCAUUGACAUAUACUUGGAGGGCCAGCAAGUUCACACCAGCUCCGCUUGCACAGCAGUUAAAUUAUGAUAAAAUAUUGCGGUUUUACAUGUGACCAUCCUCCCAUGACGAGGUUUUGCUUCCAAGCAUUCCCGAGAAUAUCUGCAACAUGGACAGUCCCCUGCGAAAGAGAUAAAACAACAAUAACCGUGGCCCCUUUGGAACCGCAACGGCGCAACAUGUGAGCCAUGAGAAUAGAUAUAUUUCAAUUCAUCAAUCGUAUAAGCCGACCUGUCGGCGCGUGAGCUUGUCAAAUGUAUGUGAGCCAGACUUC